AUGAGCUCCGAGAUCGUUCGUCUUGCAUCCGGCGAGGUUCAAGCAGCACUGGAGGAGAGCGAUCGCCGACUGGAUGAGACAAUGUCAUUGGAGGCACGGUUGGCGGAAGAGUUGGAGCAUGUCAAGACCGAGAACGAACGAGUGAGCCUAGAGCAACAAAAGGUUGACUCCCGCCUCUCUCGCUUGUCUUCGGAGAUAGCGAAGACCAAGCAAAUCAUUGCUAACGCACAAGCCUUGCUAGUCAACCAGGAGAAGGCUCGUGAACAGGUGAUGGGGGAGUUAGAGGAGUUGGAGUCUCGACGGCAACUGAUCGUUGGUUCCAUUCAGGAGAAGGACCGAGCUCUCAAGGAGGCCAGACACACCGUCCAAGACUUGGUUUCGCUCUCCGUGGAAGAUCUUCGUCGAGAGAUUUUAAGGAGGCUCGAGCUCAAGCGCGCUGAGGAGAUUCGCGAGGUGGAGUCGUGA